AGGUGGGCGGGAAGCGACGGCCGCGGCUGGCGGCCGCCUUGGGCCCAAUGAGAGGCUUGGAGGUGGGCCGGCCUGUCUUUCGCUUUCAGGCCGGGCGGCCCGAGGGCUGGCCGGGCACUGCGUCGAAGGCAGCCUGCUUUUAAGGCGAGGCGCCGGCCAUGGCAGUGACAGGGCCGCGGUUUCGGACGCCGCUUGCACCUCCCCCGGCCACCUUGUCGCGGCUGAGGCGCGGCUGAGAGACGCCUGGCGGCCGCUCCCACUCCCACUACGUAGCCUUCCUGACACGAGACCGGGCCAAGGUAAGCGAAGAAGCUGAGCUGCCAAAGACUUAGAAGAGGAGCCGUUCGGGAAAUGGCCUUUCCUAAAUCCUUAAUGAAUCUGCUGACCUUUAGUUUUGGAUCAGCAAUUGGCUUUUUCUUGUGUUACCUGCUCUUUAGUUUAGUAUUGGAAGAACAAAUUAAAAUUGAACCUCACAUCCUCUACAAUGAUCCUCAUGGCCAUCACUCACAUGAUGAUGAAAGUAAUCCACUGAAAGGACAAAUGAAUUUCAAUGCAGAUACUGGGCAACAUCAAGAUGAAGACAAACAUGUUGCUGAAGAACUGUACCAGAAAGUAAGGAUCCUUUGUUGGGUGAUGACUGGCCCUCAAAAUCUGGAAACAAAAGCUAAACAUGUCAAGGCUACCUGGGCCCAGCACUGCAACAGAAUGCUGUUUAUGAGCUCCGAAGAGAAUAAAGAUUUUCCAACAGUGGGACUGGAAACCAAAGAAGGCCGAGACCAGUUGUACUGGAAAACAAUUAAAGCUUUUCAUUACGUACAUGAUCAUCAUCUCGAUGAAGCAGACUGGUUCAUGAAGGCAGAUGAUGACACUUACGUUGCACUGGACAAUUUGAGAUGGCUUCUUUCAAAAUACAGCCCUGAGAAGCCUAUUUAUUUUGGAAGAAAGUUUAAGCCUUUCGUGAAGCAGGGCUACAUGAGUGGAGGUGCAGGCUAUGUUCUCAGCAAAGAAGCUUUGAAGAGAUUUGUAGAUGCUUUUAAAAACAACAAAUGUACUCAUAGCUCUUCUGUUGAAGACUUGGCGUUAGGCAAAUGCAUGGAGAGUAUCAGUGUAGAAGCUGGUGAUUCUAGGGAUACAAGUGGCAAAGAAACUUUUCAUCCAUUUGUGCCAGAGCAUCAUUUAAUCAAAGGGUAUCUACCCAGAACAUUUUGGUACUGGAAUUAUAACUACUAUCCUCCUGUGGAGGGUCCUGGUUGCUGCUCUGAUCUGGCAGUUUCUUUUCACUAUGUUGAUGCUGCCACCAUGUAUCAUUUGGAAUAUUUGAUUUAUCAUCUCCGUCCUUAUGGUUACCAAUUCAGGUACAAUCCUGAUUCUCUUAAGGGUCAAGGAAAACAAAAUCUAAGUGAAGCAGCAAAGGAUAAUGCAAAAUCCAAAGCUGAAGGAGAAAAGCCUCUGAAAGCCUCUGAAUAAAAUUGUUUAUAGUGCACUGAACAGGCCUUAUGGAAUAGUGAACACAUUUAGCUUACAGUGGCUACAUGGAUUUGCUAGAGAGAUGCCUACAUAUUUUUAAAGGUGUUCCUUUAAGCAGCUGCCUACUGCAAGUUCUUUUCUAAUUGUGCUGGUAUGAAGGAUAUUUCAAAUGCCAUGAGACUGCAAGGCCAAGUCCAUAAAGCGUUCCUUAAUUUUGAUUCAGUCAUGUAUGCACACAAACUUUAUAUCAAAACACAUGCUUUGUCUUUAUUGAUACAUUAUGCAGUAUUUUAUUCCUUUUUAUUAUGUACAUUCUUCAAUACCUUCAGUUAAUUAGGUUUAGCACAUUAGAAACUGGCAGAUGUUUUUCUGAAGAGAUUUAAGUGUGAAUGUUUACUUAAGAGAAAACUUUAUGCCAUAGAGAUUCAAGGAUGAAUGUGUGUUAGGUAAAUGUUUUGUCCUUCAAAAAUCAGUGGUCAGUCAGUAAUCAUAGAUAGAUUCUAAGGUUCAGAUUUGCAUCUUGUUUUGCAAAACUAUGGGAUUUUAAUUCCACAUGUCAUACCGAUGAAUUUCUUUUUGCAGAGGAAGUCAGAGUAGCAUUAAAACUGGCAGAUGGUCAAGUUAAACAUAGGAAUCUUGAGCUCAUUACUAUUGGCAUGGGUACAGGCUUACUAGAUUGGUGUAGGCAAUCCUUUUAGGCCCAACUGUGAUGCCAGGUGGUGAGUCAGGGCCAUGCAUGCAUGCAUUUACAUGUACCCAUCCCCAAAGAGUCCCUCCCCUUCCCCAGUGAUCCUGACCAAGAAACAGCAGUGAAAAACAUAGGGGUAGGGGACAGGUUCAGGGGACAUGAAAACCUUUCUCAGUCCAUGGCAAUCCCUGAUAACAGUUUCUCUUGUCAUGAUAAAAUGGUUGCUGAGCUGUAGGAGAGAGUGGAUGGAACUCCCUAGGUUUCGCAGUCCACUUGAAGAGCAGCCAAAGGCUACGUGUAGCUUCACAGGAUGCUGGUUGUCAAUGUGUGCACUAAAGGGACAAGUUAAACAAGUGAACUUCCUCAUGCUGCCUCUGGAAUGUGAAUUGCUGUGUUAAUAAUUAGGUAGUACUGUACCAGAACAUUGGACCUACAUCAGCAUGGGUAUUGGUUAAACGGUAAUAUGAGGCUUUGUUGCCUCUCCAGUAUUUUGUACAUUUCCUACUUUUCAUUUAUUGUUAGAUGGUUGUAAUGACUUAGGUUAUCUGAAAAUAUGCCUGUUUUUUGUGAGCGGUAUCCUUACAUCUUCUCAUUAGGUUAAACCAUGCUUUCCCUGUAUAUUUGAUUAUAUUGCUUAUUUAGCUAUCUUUGAACACAAGAAGGAAGUCCAUACUUCGUGCUGAAACAAGAACUGUAGUGCGAUUAUUUGAUAUUAAUGAUGCCCUCUCCAUUUAUUGUGUACCAAAUUGUGUCUUAUCUUGAAAGUCAGACUUCUUCAUAUAAUAGUCCUGCUAAAAGUGAUCAAACAGGGCUUGAAUUCAUCAUAUUGAUGUUUAAAUUAAGGUUAUACAUUUGAUAGUGUAUACUGGUUAGAUAUCUUUGCCAACUUAAUGAAGUGAUUGUGAUGUGCUUUUUAAAUUAACUUGGACAUUGACAAUAAUCCAGUGUCUCAGGAAGCUGUUUAUUUCGCCGUUGCAUGUGUUUCUACCACUCAGACAUUCAAGCAUGUAUGAUACUGUUUUAUUCAUAUUGUUCCUCUUAACUAAUGAGGCGCACCAUACAAUAUGAACAUGUCGUUGUGCAUCAGUAGGAUUUACCUCACACAAGAGUAGGCUAGAUAGUCUCUUAUUUAUGCUAUAAAAUUGGCCUGUGGAGAUAUUCUGGAAACCAGAGUUAAUGGAACAAUGCACAAGCUUUGCUAUAGAAUUAAACUUAUGUCAGUGUGUUAUUUUUCUAUUGGCUGAAUCAUGAGGGGCAAAUUGCAGAAGCAGUAAUAGAAAUGCCAGAUUCCCAAGCACUUGUGACAGAUGCAUUCUAAGAUAAAUUUUAAAUCGUUUUGCUCUUUCAUAGAUUAAAUUUAGGCUUAUGUGACAUCUUGACACCCUGCGUCAAGUGAAAGUACUUUGAGAUGGAGGGCUUCUAACACUACAAGUCAAAAUGCCUUGUAGAGCAUUUCCAUCAUUCCUCCUUCAUAGUCUUUCUAUUGUAAGCAACGAGACAGAAGCAGUGUGGGAAAUCAUGGGAAAAUUAGAAAUGGAAGACAGUAUUUUCUACCUUCCCUCUGUAUGAAAUUCAGUGAGUGUAGCGGGGUGAUCUUGCAAUAAAAACCUCAUCUGGAAGCACCUGUAGUAUAUUUUGCAACUUUUGCUAGUUGCUUCUUCUAGUUUGAGCUUUAGUGGCAUCCGUCUGCCUUAUCUACCUCAAUAUAUAUAUUCAAGCACCUGGUAUAAAUUUGCCAGGGUUGUAAUGAAUGGCUGCGCAGCUCAUUUGGGAGAAGAACGAACUGUUUAAUGGCUUUUUACCUUCAGGCAUCAUGAUGGCUAUUACUUACUGUCCUUUUUAAAAAUCUUGUGGUUUGGUGCCUGUCAGUUUGGAGCUAUGUCCCCAAAGCUGUGACUUUUACAUACUUAGGGGGGACAUUUUAGAGGCAUCUGAAGUACUUCAGAAAAAGAGCACCAGUCCCUUUGCUCAUAUCUGAGGUCUAAAACAAUGUGAUGUCAGCAAAGAAAGUGGAAGUAGUAAAGAAGAAGAGGGACUUUGCAUUCCCAUACCUUUAAGAGCUCAUAGUAUGUAUUUUCAAGAUAAUAUUAGGGCUGUGAGAGUUUCUAUUUGUAAAUUAAAAGCUUCCCUCCCUGUAGAGGUAUGAUUGAGAAGGGAGAAAAAGGCCAAGGUAUGAAAUGUUCUUGUUCAGAACAGGCAACCUCAGUUGUGCAAAUUUGCACGUCCAGUACAUCAAGAAACUUCUUUACACUGGCUCAUACUAUUCCAGCUCCAUAUUGUCAGCUCUGACUGGCAACAGUUCAGGGUUUUAGACAGAGGCCUUUCCUAUUACCUGACAACAGCAGUUGAAAGGACUCAGUGGUUUGACAAAGAAGAAAGAUGUCCUUUCCCCUACCUUUUUCUUUUGGUCCUCAAGAAAAGGAUUACAAAGCUUUUGUUAAGAGCAGACUGCAGUCAUGAGUAGGAGAAGUCUACUUCAGGAGGUCGUAGUAAACUGAAACAUUUUGUUGCAAGCCCUGCUUGUAUAUUUAAAGUUUUCUUAGUUGGAGUGAUUUUGCAAAUUGUAUCGACAUGCUUGCAGUGUUGUUAGUAUCUGUUAUUUGACUUUUUUGAAAGUAUUGGCUUCGCUUCACAAAGCCCCGUGUCACUGGCCAAAGGCAGUUACUGUUUCCACCAGUUUUACUCCUUACAGGAAGAAAUUUUUAAAAUUAAAUUAAAAUUAAAAUGUCUGGGGAAGAAAAUUAUAAUUUUCUUCCCCGGACAUAGCCUUCCCCCUGCUGUGUGACACACCAUUCCCAUGUCCUUAGCCCUCAAGAAAAGCUCUUUGCCAGUUUGUGAGGGCUGCAGUAGGAAUUCCUGGGGCAUGGAGGUUUCUUUAUGUAUUGGGAGUGCAAUCCUAUUGAACACCUUUCAGACUAAGAGUGCCUUUACUGUGAAGAGGUAGAGGAUGUUUUUUAAAAAUACUGCUUUGGAGUUAAAAAGUGUUUACUUCUCCCAUACAAUUUUCCUUUAAACCUUUAUUUCUCAGUGGUUGACUCUGAGCAUCUGGUUGCCAAAUUUUACACAAUUUAUAGUUUCACCACAUUCCUGAUUUUGUUCUACCAGUAGUGUAUUAGUGUUUCCUUUAAACCUUGAGUAUUUUUCAUCACCAAGAAGCAUGUUUGUGUCUAAAGGCACAAGAUACCUUUUGUAGUACUGUGCAAAAACGUGUACAUGGGAUUGACAUCAGUUGCUCCAAUGAACUUUAAUCUUGAUUUGUAUACCCUUUGUAUAAUUUAUAUAAAAUGUAAUGCGCUUAUCUGGUCUGCUUGACAAAAAAUUCCCAUGGGUAUUGUGAGAUUAGUUUAAUUUGUAAUCACUUAGUAAGCUCCCUUUUAAAAACCUUUCUUAGAAUAUUUUACAGCAUCAGUGCAUUUAAGCAGUGUUCAAAGUAUUUCAUGCGUAGUAUAUGCUAAGGUUGUUUCUGUUCUGCUUUUAUUUUUCCUAGUAUUUUUCUCCUUUGAUUUAAGUGCAAUCAUGAAUUUCUAUCAUGAGAUUUUAUUGUGGAAAAGAAGUAAACUGGCUCUGUCUUUGAGCUCUUUGUAUAUUUUAAAACAGUAUCAUAUUUAGCUGAUUGUAAAGCUUCUUUGUCUCCUACUAACUGAGGAAAUAUUUCACUUUAUUGUGCACAACAUAUUAUAUAAUUCUUGCUGGAAACACAUCUGAAAAGGAUAAAUUGCUGAGCAGUAUAAUAAUGUCAAAACAAAGUGAUGAGGAAUUACAGGAAAAUGCUUUCUGACCACAAAUAGUGGUUAACAUUAGUUUAUAUGAUCAACAAAUGAAUGUUUUUGAAAUACUGUAUCAUCUCUGAAGUGCCUUUCACUGGUUUUAGUAAUUAAUUUAAAUGAGAUAUGUACAAAUAAAAAUAACUUACACAAUUAAACAA